CACGAUUUGUCCUCUUCUUCGAAAAGGACUUGAUGAUGACCGACGCCAGCCUAUAAUUCCCACAUCAUAGCCACCUUCCCCGUCCCUCGAGCUCGGUCCUUCUUUUUCCCCCGUUCGUGCCACCCUGUGGUCUGCCCCGGCUUCCACUGGCACACGCGGCCCUUCCCAUACCUCGUGGACGCCUUUCUGGGUCCCCACCCAUCGCCCGUGCGCUCGAUGCUUCGCUACCCCCGUGCGUCAGAGGACUUCCGAGUUCUUGAUACUUCUGGCGGCACCAGUGGGCUGCACAAGGCGUCCGACUCAACCAUCGCCAUGUCGCCUGAGCAGUGCGUGGGCCACCGUGACGUGCAGAUGGAGUCAGGCGAGUCGGACUCCCCGAUGCCCGACUACUGCAAGGAGACGUCCAACACGUCCCUCGGCAGCCUCCUCCUCGAGAGCCGCAGCACACAGGAGUCCCUCAACCGCGGCAGGAGUGUCGUGGAGGGCCUGGAUGUGAUCAUGUGCCAGGCAGAGGGCGCCUUCCCACCGCCCCCCUCGCCAUACAAUGCACUUGCGACGGCCAGCCACCGACACGGCACUUCUACGGUCGUUCGUCGCCGUGUUCGUGCGGUGCCGAUGCUGCCCGUGCCGACCACCGAGACAUAUGAAAUAGGCAAGGAGACAUUCGAAGUCGACAUCAAGUACGGCGACGUUGAGCUGAUUGGCCAAGGGGCAUACGGCACCGUCGCGUAAGGCGCUAUUGAGGGGACGACGAGUGUGACUGACACUCACGAUUCGCGUCAUUUUUUCUCCUGGUGCGUUGUGUGCGUGUGUUCAGUAGUGCGCGUCACCGGCAGAGCGGCAGUAUGGUUGCGAUCAAGAAGGUGACGCAUCUGUUCGACCACUCUGUGUUCGCCAAGCGGACAAUCCGUGAGCUCAAAGUGCUGCGGCACCUCUCGCACGAAAACAUCAUAUCGCUCGUCGAGAUACAGCUGCCAGAGGACAAGGAGUCAUUCGAAGAAAUGUAUGAAUGUCAUGUGGAGGGGAGAAGGGGAGGGCACAAUGGGGAGGGACAGCACUCACUGUGAGCACAGCACAUUGUGUGGUGUGUCGGUCCUUGUCUGCUUGUUGUUGCUUGCCUUGCAUUGUGACGACAGCUAUUUUGUGACGGAGUUGAUGCAGGCGGAUCUCGGGACGAUCAUCCAGUCGAGACAGGACCUCACCAACGAGCACUUCCAGGUAAGUCAGUCGAUCGACGUGCGGUGCGGCCUACACCUUCACCAUACAUACAUACAUGCAAUGCCUACCUACCUAUCUAUCUGAUACAUUCAUUGUGUCUCGUGUCUCGGGUCCCUUCUGUCAGUUUUUUGUAUACCAGAUUUUACGUGGUUUGAAAUACGUCCAUUCGUGUGGCGUCAUUCACAGAGACCUGGUUGGUAUGCACGACCAACAUACACACACAAAGCGGCCGGUAACGGUCUCUCUCUCCCCCUGGAUGGAUGGAUGGAUGGAUGGAUGCAUUUGUGUGUGAGCAGAAGCCUCGCAACUUGCUGGUCAACGGCAACUGCGACCUCAAGGUGACGCAAGCGACGCACACACACGCAUGUCUUUGCUAUGUGGAUGCAUCCCUGCGCCUGUGUGUGUCAGAUAUGUGAUUUUGGUUUGGCGCGUUUGAAGGGCGAGAGGGAGUCAUUCAGACUCAGCCCCAUGACCGAAUACGUCACCACCAGGCAAUUGACGAAGGCACACACAUGGGGGGUCGACUCAUGCAUGCGUUCACUUUUCUCUGCAGGUGGUACCGUGCUCCUGAGAUAUUGUGUUCGUUUCGCUACUACGACGAGAAGGUGGACGUGUGGUCGGCGGGGUGCGUGCUGGCGGAACUCAUCCUCAGGGCACCCAUCUUCCCGGGAACAAGCAGUAAGCACCAAAAGCAAAUGGAUGGCACACCAUACACGGACGGAUCCCUAUCGGCUGUGGCACGGCAUGGGUAUUCGCCUUUCGUGUCAUUAUACUUCAGCCCGCCGUCAGUUGGAGUUGAUUUGCGGCCUCAUUGGCAAGCCGACUGAUGGAGAGAUCGACGCCGUGAACAACAGACGGGUAUGUAUGUAUCUACCUACACACAUCAAAACAUGCUUACAACCAUCUGUCUGUCCACUCUUCCUUCCCUUGCUUGUUUGUCGUGUCAGUGUCGUGACUUCCUCAGUGGGCUGCCCGACCGCCAGCCACCGCUAUGUGAGAUAUUCGACGGCACGCCUGUCAGCGCCCAUGGUGUGGACCUCAUCGGACGGAUGCUCACCUUCGACCCAAACAAACGCAUUUCGGUAGGUACAUCCUGUCGUCUGGGGGGUGUGCUGUGCUGCUGGGUUUGUGUCUUCAUGUCUCUCUCUUGUCUGUCUGUCUGUGUGGGCGGGUCAACCAACAGGUGACCGAAGCGUUGGAGCAUCCGUAUUUGGCCAACCUGCACUGCCCGCAGGACGAGGUCAGCAAUCCAGGAAGGCAGCGAGACCCCUGAUGGACACACACAUCGGCUGCCGUGUCCUGUUUGUCCUUGUCUGUGUGUGCAGCCUGGUGGUCGACUGAUCCCGCUGGAUGAGUUCCUCUUUGAGGACCACGAGGACCACGAGGCGUGCAUUCGGGGUGCGUCAUCAGCCAGACAGACAGACACAGACACACACACAGAGGACCUAUGUCUCCCUCUGUGUGUGUGCCUUAUUUUGUGUCCUCUGUGGCCAGAGUUGAUAUAUCGUGAGGCGCUGCACUACCACCCCCGAGCGCGUUCCAUCUACGAGCGGUACUACAAGAGGGACGACGUAAUCUACAUGAUGAUGGCCGACAACAAAGACGACGACGACGACGACGACACAAACAACGAGGGAGAGGGAGAGGGAGAGGGAGAGGACGAGCAGCGGGCUGAUGCGUGUUGCAGAUAGACACAAGACACACACGCGCACACACACACACUCGGUGUGUGUCUCAUUCCUCAUUCACCCACCCCUUCACUCACCCACCAGCCGUGGCAUCCUUCCAUCCAUGGCAAUGCAUUGACAUGGAUGGCAUUUUCCGUCGUCGGCUCCCAAGGCCGCACUGACUGACUGGCAUCUGCUUGCUUCUUUCUGUAUACUACGUCUACCACCGCCCAUCCCGUCCGUAGUGUGUCCUUGCCUACUUGAUUCGUUCAUUUGUUGUGUAAGUGUGCGUGUGGCGGAGUGUUGGGCCCCGGACGCGACAUAUAUAUCAUACGCACAGAUCCAUAUACACGUAAUGUACACGCAUCUUGCUUCGUACGAUCGAUGCGAUGUGCACACUCACUCACUAACUCACUGUUCUUCUCUCGUGGGGUGGGAUACGCACGGUACCUACACACAUGCAUAUUGGUGAAGGAAGGAACAAGGCUGAGAUCGAUCCGAUCCAGUACGCGCCUCUUCUUGACCCAAACAGAUCUGCCUUCAACACAUGGCGGGAAGGGAAGGGGAGGGUGGGACCGUGGGCGGGGGGAAACUGUCGAGUGAGCACACGCAACCAAGGGGCUGCAUGAAUGGAUGGUGGGGGCAUUCUUCUGCCUCCAUGCCAUGCCACACAUUGGAGGGAGGAUUGGUGUGCGCAUCGAUGCAUGUCGGGGGUUUCGAUGGGCGAUCGGUGUCCUUGCUACCUAUCCUUGUUUUCGCCGGCUGUCCAGAAUUGGUGUGCGAUGCGGCAAAACCUCAUGGGUGUGAGUGAUGUGAUGUGACCUGGUGUGGUGUCUUGGCUACCCCAUACACACACACACACACACGCACACACUCGCUGUCAGCAGUCAGUCGCCAACACACUCCUCGCUACACACACGCAUACGCACCUCUAAGUGUGCGUCUUGUCUCUCUUCACACACGGGGGCUCUCCCUCUCUGUUUCUCACACAUGCCAUCCAUCCAUCUCUCUGCCCAGACCCACCCGAUUUAAUUUUGUCAUUCAUGUCGCUCGCGACCUUCCUCUCUGUGUGAGUGUGAGUGUGUGUGUGUGUGUGUGUGAGGGUGGUGUUCCAUAGGUGGUGCACUUCGCGAAUGAGCCUUAAG